UCAGUGCACAAAACAGCGCAUGCGUCUUACUUUGCUCCUCAGUCUGAAACUCGGGGGUUGAGUUCAAUUAGGAGAGACCAUGUCCGCCAUCAGCCAUUUGCACUCCUAUAUCUUCUCAUUUAGAACAAAUUCUCGAUGAAAUAGCGGUUGCACGCGGCCUCAAGAAUGGCCACGUCGGGUGCUGUUCAGGUGAAACUAGAACUCGGACAUCGUGCCCAGGUCAGAAAGAAACCCACCGUGGAAGGCUUUACGCACGACUGGAUGGUGUUUGUCCGAGGACCAGAGCACAGCAACAUUCAGCACUUUGUGGAAAAAGUCGUUUUUCACCUGCACGAAAGCUUCCCAAGACCAAAACGAGUGUGUAAGGAUCCACCCUAUAAAGUGGAGGAGUCUGGAUACGCAGGCUUCAUCUUGCCCAUUGAAGUUUACUUCAGAAAUAAGGAAGAACCUAAGAAAGUGCGCUUCGACUACGACCUGUUCCUACACCUGGACGGCCACCCGCCUGUCAAUCACCUGCGCUGCGAGAAGCUCACCUUCAACAACCCCACGGAGGAGUUCCGCAGGAAGCUGCUCAAAGCCGGCGGGCAACGGGAUCCUAGCAAAAGAAGUUUGGAAGACUCUAAAGUGAUGGUAAUGCAGGAGGGCUCCACAUCUCUGUUCGGCCAGCAUCUCAAGCUGCCCACCCUCCCCAGCAGCUCCCUGACAUUGACAUUGUCUGAUGCUAAGAAGAGCAAGGUCUUCCCGGGGUCAAAGGACAGCUCCAAAGGAACUGGCGCCCUCCUCACCACCACCACCACCACCACUACUAAUAGUAGCAGCUCAUCCAAGCUACUCAAACCCUCAAAGGACCACAAAGACAAGCCUUCAAAAGAGACCAAAAGUGCCUUCCGAGACUGUGGCAGGGAACCCAGCAAAGCCUCCAAAGAUUUCUCCAAGAAACCCAAAGAGAACCAGCCUCUUCUUCGUGACAACCCCCCCAUCCCCAAGAUGGGCUUCAAGGAGCCCAAGACCAUGUCCAAGGAGCACCGGCAGGACGGGGGCUACUUGCACGGGGCCGGGUCUGGGGCGGGGACUAACAAGCGACUGUCUGUCACUGACUGCGAGGACCACGUGACCAAAAAGAAAAAGAAAAACUUAGCGGAAUUGUCGUUAAAACCGUCAGGGGGCUCGUCCCUGUCGCACCCCCAGUCCCACCACUCGGAUAAGAAACUGCUGAAGGACAAAUCCCAGGUGCACCCCGCUAAACUGCGGGUGAACGGCCGCGAGGUGCUGGGGGAGCGCAGAAAGGCGUUUCCGGAGCUGAUGGACGCCAACUACUCUGACAUGGAGGACAAUAUGUCCACCAAAGCAGUGUCGCAGCAGCCCAGUCCGGCCAGCUCCAGUUCCAGCUCCAGCCCAGGCUUUGCAGCCAGCCACAAACGGCAAGUGGCCGAGUUCGUCCGCAGGAAGGUAGGGGCCGUCCCUGGCACAGCCCACACAGUGUUAGGUCCCCUUCGUUCGAUAAUCCAUGACCUGCAGUCGGAAGACAAUGAGGAUGACUCGGAGGAUGACGACGACAUGGACUCUGACCUGGAGCGACCGGUGCACACGCACAUGACACACCGCCAUCGCCGGGUCAGCUUGAGUGACGGCAGUGAGAGCGAGAACAGCUCAGCCCCCUCUCCCCACUCUCGACACGAGCCCCCGCCUUUACUGAAGACCAGUAAUAACCAGAUACUGGAGGUGAAGCAAACGAAGCAAGACAAGAAUAAAAACAUUGACUGUGACAAGGCUUACCUGGAUGAGCUGGUGGAGCUACACAGACGACUGAUGACACUGAGAGAGAGGCACAUACUACAACAGAUCGUGAACCUCAUCGAGGAGACUGGACACUUCCACAUCACAAACACAACUUUUGACUUUGACCUCUGUUCCCUGGACAAAAUCACGGUACGGAAGCUCCAGAGUUACCUGGAAACGUCUGGGACGUCAUGAGGUCUGGAAGCAGCAAGCUGCCACGAGGAAGAACUUUGGAUUCUUCCUCUUUGUUUUUUUUUUUACUUGAACUUUCUCUGCGUUGCAAAAAAGACUACCGGCCGGCCCCUGCCCGGUCGCGCCACUCUACUCGUUGGAACCUGGCUCUCCACACGACCAGGGUAGCCCGCGAGCGACACAGACCUGAACGGCGUGUCGCAUCACCCUUGAGGGGAGUCCUGUCGACCAGGAAUAUCACCCAGAAAGCCUUGAAAGAAUUCCACAGUUAACAAAACAAACCGGAGGAAAGAAACGGAGACCUUGCUCUUAAAAGGAAUGUGCAUAUUAUUAUCAUGUAUGUGUGUAGAAUUUUUUGUUCUUUGUGAUGAAUGAUGCAUGUUUAACACUGCCUUACCACAUUUGUCAGUCUUUAUUUAUUGAGUUUGAGUUUCAGGUGUGCGUGUUAAUAGUAGCAAAACAGAAUUAGUCUUGUGCAAGCACUUCACAAUAUGCAUCUCUCUGGCUCUGGAAGGAUGGUGGAGCAACGUUGAGAUUUCAAUUAUCUCAUGUGACGGAUCAGUCAAUCGUCCCUCUCUCUCUCUCUAUGAGGAAUUCUGCCUUCUCAAACGAUAUGUUAUCAGUGCCCAAUUGUACAAGCUGAGACCAAUCGUGGACUCACAAUCAAUUUAUAUUCCAUUCUUGGUACCUGAACUUGAAUUGAUGUAUUGGAUGAUGACUAGGCAAAUUUCAGAAGUGGUGUGCUGCAUGUCGUUUUUACAAGCUCUCGCUUGUAUUCCGCAGCUCUUGCUGUCCACAAGUUGAAACCAAGUGUGUGUGUGUGUGUGUGUGUGUGUGUUUGACCAAUCUAUUGUCAGCAGGCCUGUGCUAAAAAUGAACCAUAUUGAAUCCUGGAAUUUUGAUGGAAGAAAUGUACUCCAAGACAUUGAAUCUUAUUUAUUUCACGGGGUCCUUGGUUGCCAAAUCAAAGUUGUGCAUUAGAAUUGAGAAAAAAUAGAACUGAGAAAACAACAUGUUUUUGUUCACGUUGUUCUGGAGGACAUUUUCCUUUUUGCUAAUCUGAGGAAUUAAUGUUGAUUUGGUUUAGUCUGCCGAGCGACGCCUCAAUGGGAAUACCAGUGGUCGUAGCUACUCAAUGGGCCACACAAAGGCAGUAUGUUGUGUUUUGCUUGACCCAUGUCUGCCUUAAGUUCUUGUGUAUUCUUAGGACAUACAAUAAAAUGUGUAUUUUGUACAGAUGA